UCAGUAUUUCAAACGACUACUUAUUGUGGAUAUGUUGUUGGGAUACUUGUCAUGAAGUUGCAGGCGUUUUGAAGCCCCACCCCUCCAUACCACCUGCCUCCAAUCUCCUCCUAUCCUGUCAUUGAGCCAGGGACAGCCCAGGAAGUCUGUGAGCUUUCACUGUUUAUUGGUGCACACCACUGCCAGCAAGCGUGAGGAUUUGGAAAUCACUGGAUCUGCGACUACUGAACUCAAUACAAAAAUACUUUUCUGAAUCUUUCUCCAUUUUGUCAGUAAUCUUUCUGCUAUAGCAGUGGGUUUCCUUGGAUACCAGGUACCCCUGGAAACUUCUGAGCCCUGUAUUUGCUCUAUAUCAUCCUCUUAGCAUCCUCUUUCUGAUCCUGCAGUCAGUGGAAUUUAAGCACGUAGUGAAUGAGCAGUAAAGAAGACAAACUCAAGGACCACGAAGGUUUUGAAGUUUCGGAGAUGUCCAUGGAAAAUACUUACCAGAAAAAUGUGACCUUUGGUAAGCGGGAGAACCUUCCAUGUAUUGCACCACUACUAACCACAGUGGAGGAGACCCCACAGGUCAUCACUGCUCAAGUCCAAGGACAUUUCCCUAAGUGGCUCAGUGGCUGCCUACUUCGAAUUGGACCUGGAAAGUUCGAGUUUGGGAAGGAUAGGUAUAAUCACUGGUUUGAUGGAAUGGCUUUGCUUCAUCAGUUCAGGGUGGAGGACGGCACAGUGACAUAUAGGAGCAAGUUUCUACAGAGUGAUACAUAUAAGGCCAACAGUGUUCAUGAUAGAAUUGUGAUCUCCGAAUUUGGUACACUGGCUCUCCCUGAUCCAUGCAAGAAUGUUUUUGAACGUUUCAUGUCAAAGUUUGUGCCACCUGCAAUAAGCGACAACACCAAUGUCAACUAUGUGCGCUACAAGGGUGAUUACUACGUUAGUACUGAGACCAACUUUAUGAAUAAACUGGACAUUGAAACCCUGGAAAAAACAGAAAAGGUAGACUGGAGCAAAUUUAUCGCUGUGAAUGGAGCAACUGCACAUCCUCAUUACGACCCAGAUGGAACAGCAUACAACAUGGGGAACUCCUAUGGGCUACGUGGUUCUUCUUAUAAUAUUAUUCGGGUUCCUCCAGAGAAGACUGACCUUGGGGAAACAAUCCAUGGAGCCCAGGUGAUAUGUUCUAUUGCUUCUGCAGAGAGGAUGAAACCUUCAUACUACCAUAGUUUUGUUUGCUGGAACCUUUCAGGAAUGACAAGGAACUACAUAAUCUUCAUUGAACAGCCUGUAAAGAUGAAUCUGGGGAAAUUCAUCACUUCUAAAAUUCGGGGAAAGGCCUUUUCAGAUGGAAUAAGCUGGGAACCCCAGUACAAUACACGAUUUCAUGUGGUGGAUAAGCACACUGGACAGCUUCUUCCAGGGAUGUACUAUAGCAAACCUUUUGUUUCUUUCCAUCAAAUCAAUGCCUUUGAGGAUCAGGACUGUAUUGUAAUUGAUUUGUGCUGUCAAGAUAAUGGAAAAAGUCUAGAAGUUUAUCAACUCCAGAAUCUUAGGAAAGCUGGGGAAGGGCUUGAUCAGGCUUAUAAUUCGGUAGCCAGAUCAUUCCCUCGAAGAUUUGUUUUGCCUUUAAAUGUCAGUUUGAAUGCCCUGGAGGGACAGAAACUCAGCCCUUUGUCCUAUUCUUCAGCCAGUGCUGUGAGACAGGCUGAUGGAAAGAUUUGGUGUUCUUAUGAAAAUCUGCAUCCUGAGGACCUAGAGGCAGAAGGUGGUGUUGAAUUUCCCCAGAUCAACUAUAGCCAAUUCAAUGGCAAAAAGUAUCGUUUCUUCUAUGGCUGUGGUUUCCGACAUUUGGUGGGGGAUUCUCUGGUCAAGGUUGAUGUGGUGAACAAGACACUAAAGGUUUGGAGAAAAGAUGGCUUUUAUCCGUCAGAACCUGUUUUUGUUCCAGUACCAGGAGCUAAUGAAGAAGAUGGUGGGGUUAUUCUUUCUGUGGUGAUCACACCCAACAAAAAUGAAAGCAAUUUUCUUCUAGUCUUGGAUGCCAAGAAUUUUGAAGAACUGGGUCGAGCAGAGGUGCCAGUGCAAAUGCCAUAUGGGUUCCAUGGCACCUUCAUAUCCAUCUGAUGGACAACCACCAGGCCUGGGAACUAGGUUUAAAAUGAACAUGGUUUGUACAAAACAGAGCAAAAAGAACACCUUACUCUACAAAUCGCAGACUUAUGUUUUUAAAAUUUCUACUAAAAAGAAUUUAUGAUCUAGUUAUGGUUUUAUAUUUUCUUAGGGCUCUUCCUUGAAAAUAUUAAUAAGCAGGUAUUGA